GGCGCCACCUUCUACUGCCCACCCAAAACAAGAGGGGCGCUAGUAGUCUCGCGCCGCCACUAGUCUUGGUAUAAACAGGAAUACCGGACAAAGGAAUAUUAAUCGGGAAGUCUGUGUACAAACUGGUUUCACAGCCAAUACACUGUUCUAAAAGUAUUAAUAGAAGUGAAUGAUGGUGUCUACAAAUAUUAAAUGAAGAAAAACGUGCUAAUCCAUAGAAACGGAAGCAAAUCAAAUCUUUUAUUUUUGAACAGUGCAUAUAUGUAGAAAAACUCAGCUAUUUCGAUUAAAAUUUUCAGGGCGUUGUAUUGGCUGUGAAACCUAUUUACAUAAACAAAGUUUUGAGUCAAUAUUCUUCCAUUCGAUUUUUCUGCUAUGACAUUUCUAGUCUCGCUAAGUCUUACAUACGAGUGAAAGAUGAGCUCGAUCGACGGCUUUCAUAUAAGGUUCUUUCGUCGUAGCGUAGAUCAUUUGAAGUGAAAUUUUUGUUGACGACGAGUGGACUUCUUGAAAAACACCUUUUUUCAAUAAAUCUAUUAGAAUUUGGCUGCGUCUUGAAACAAUUCAUAUAUAUUCUGAAAGAGCAACUUUCAACGAAUUCUUCUACGACCAAAGAUUCACUUUUGAUUUGGUUUUCGAAAAAUAAAGUUGUCUCAUGCAAUCGUAUUAGGAAAAAAAAUCAAAGUUUCCUUAAUCUAGUCUAUGUGAAAGUUUACCGUAUUUCGAUUUACUCACAAUUAAAACAGCAAUAAUGCAUAAGUUUUCCUUAUCUAAUGGAGAUAGGAUCGACUUGGUUCUCAAAAAAAAAACACGAUUCGAUUCGAUCUCUGCAGUUGAGAUAGCACGGAAAAGUUUUUUUUUCUAAAUUCGCUUACUCAAAUUUUGAUCAAUAUGGACAAGUAUAUCUUGAAAAUUCAAGUCAUUUUAUCUUUCAGAAUCAAAUUAUCCAAUUGUGUAUAAUUUCUUUCGUGAUUAUCUUCUUUCCGUCUAUCCUGAGCAGAUUGAAUUUGAAUUUAAUGAUGGUCUUCAAAAUGGUCUUUACAAUUUUUGUGUACCUAUUGUUAUUGAUCUUCUUGAACAUGGUGCUAUUUCAAAUGCAUUCAAAACAAUUGAUUCAUUUGAAUAUUUUUUAUCUCAAAUGGCUUCAACCAUUUUUAAAGAACGUCGUUCAAUCUCACAUAUUGAUCCAUUUAUUUUAUGUUUAAUACAAAUCAUUUUACAUCAU